UAAUAAUGAAUGCCCCUAUAAGUGGUAAGAUUAUAAAUUGUCCAGGUAAGAGAGUAUCAGAUUAUCUAUUUAUAAAAGAGAUAGGGAAAGGUGCUUUUGGAUAAGUAUUAAUUAUGAUUUAAAUAGGUAUUUUAAGCAAAAAAUAUUGUAACAAAUGAAGUGGUUGCUAUAAAAUGUAUAGCAAGAUCGAAAUUAUCUGAUCAUGGAGGAAUAGUAGGUUAAUUAAUUAAUAGUGAAGUAGAAGUAUUAAAAUAGAUUAACAAUUAACAUGUUGUUAGAAUAGUAUAAUAUUUAGAAUCUGUAAAUUAAUGCUAUAUUGUAUUAGAAUAUUGCAAUUGUAAUAAUAGAAUUAAUAAAUUAGCUGGUGAUUUUGAAUAAUUAUGGUAGAGUAGAAAUAAGAGAAUUCCAGAGAAUGAAGCAAUUAAUUAUAUGAAAUAAGUAUUAGCUGGUAUGUAAGCUUUACAUGAAAAGAAUAUUUUACAUAGAGAUUUAAAAUUAGCAAAUAUUUUAAUACAUAAUUCUACAUUAAAAAUUGCAGAUUUAGGAUUUUCUAAAUAAUUAAGUGAUCCAAAUUAAUAAGAAAAAUUAAGUUUAGGAUCUCUUGGUAAUAUGGCUCCUGAAGUUGUUGAAUAAUAACCAUAUGGAAUGGCAGCAGAUAUGUUUUCGAUAGGCAGUAUGUUUUAUUAACUUAUUUUUGGAUAAUUUCCAUUUACUAAUCAAAAUCAGUAAAAGUUUUUGGAGGACAUUAAAAAUAGUAUAAUUCUAUAUUAUUUAAGAUAAACCUAAUUUUAGAAGAAAUGGUUUAGUUAUUUCUUCUGAAUUGGAAUAUCUUCUAGAAAGAAUGUUAAUCAAGGAUCCUUAUAGAAGAUUAAAAUGGAGUGAAUUGUAUUCCCAUCCAUUAAUGCAACAUAAAGAUCUAAGUACAUUUAUCACCUAUUUUAGGAUAUGCUUAAUUAUCAUUGAAUGCUAUUCAAGCUGGAUUAAUCAAUACUGAAGAAAUUGAAAAAUUUUAUAAGGAUAAAGAUUAAAAUAAAAUGGAAGAAAAACCCCAAGAUAUUCUUACUAGAUUCAGUAUUAAAUAAUAAUAAGAUCUUUAAAUUCAAAGAAUUGUUUCUUAAUAAUUAAUUGAAGAUGAAGCAACUCCAGGAUAAUAUGAAGAUAAUAUUAAAUAAGUUGAAUAAUUCCAAAAAAAUGUGGAAUAAUAAAUUAAAGAAGAAAAAUUUAUAGAAGAAUAUAUUAAUAAAUAUAUGACUUUAAGAGAUGAAAUUGUAUUUGUAUCUAGAACUUUAAAUGAAGCAUUUGAAAAUCUUGGAUAAGAUUAAUGUUGUUUACUUUGUUUAAUGUUAGCCAAAAAAAUUUAUAUUUUAAAUGAAAGAUUAACUAGAACUCUAUUAUCUUAAGAUAAUAUAUUCUAAAUUGAUGAACAGAUAUUAAGAAAGAUUUAUGAACAUCAACAUUUCUAAAAAUUUGUUUAAUAAAUUGUGGAAGACUAAACAUUUGCAAAAGAUUAUGUUACUUUUUUUGCUGAAUCAUUAUAGUAUUAAAAUAUUUAUUAGUAGACUUUAACCAAAACUAUUUUAAAACAAAAAAGACUGGCAUAAAGAAAUUUAAAAAGAAAUUUCAGAUUAAUUUAAUAUAAUUUUUAAAGAAGUUCUUAAUGACUUUGUGCUUAAACUGAUUGAAUAAACUUUUAAAACAAAUACAAACCCAGAAUAUAAAAAUGAUCAACAAACAAAUAUAAAUAGACAUUAUUUCUAAUUAUAAAUACAUUUAAUUGAUUGCAAAAAAUUUGAUAAAUUAUAUUAACAUGGAGUAAUACUUUUUAUCUAAUAAAAAUUAGAAUUUUAAUAUACAUGAAUAAUUUGAUGGAUUAGCCAACAAACCUAUUUUAGAAAUUUAAGCAAUGGCAUAGUAGAAAUUUGAAGAAAUGUUUGAAUGA